AUUUGUUACAGGAAAUUGGAGAAAGAAUUGAGUGGUGGAAGAACCCAUUUUGUGGAGACAUGUGGUUUGCCUAUUAGCACUUAUUUCAGUGCAAUGAAACUGAUAUGGUUAAUGGAAAACGUAGAUCCUGUUAAACAAGCUAUAAAGUCAGGGGAUGCUAUGUUUGGAACGAUGGAUACUUGGUUGAUAUGGAAUUUAACUGGUGGUGUGAAUGGUGGUUUGCAUGUCACUGAUGUUUCUAAUGCGUCGCGGACGAUGCUCAUGAAUCUUAAAACUCUUGACUGGGAUAAACAUACCCUUGAAACAUUGGGAAUUCCAGCCGAAAUUCUACCUAAAAUUGUAAGUAACUCUGAGGUUAUCGGAAAAAUUGGCAAAGGGUGGCCGAUUACUGGGAUUCCAAUUUCAGGAUGUCUUGGAGACCAACACGCAGCUAUGUUAGGGCAGGCUUGCAGAAAAGGCGAGGCUAAAAGCACUUAUGGUACUGGUGCUUUUAUACUUCUCAACACUGGUGAAGAGAUAGUUCAGUCAAAACAUGGUCUUUUAAGCACUUUAGCCUAUAAGCUUGGUCCAGAAGCACCAACUAAUUAUGCUCUAGAGGGUUCAAUUGCGAUUGCUGGUGCUGCAGUUCAGUGGCUCAGAGACAGUCUUGGGAUAAUUACCACUGCAAAUGACAUUGAAGGAUUGGCCUCGCAGGUUGAUUCGACUGGUGGAGUCUAUUUUGUACCUGCUUUCAAUGGAUUGUUUGCGCCAUGGUGGCGUGAUGAUGCACGUGGGAUUGUUAUUGGAAUUACAAGGUUUACAAGUAAGGCUCACAUCGCUCGAGCUGUGCUCGAGAGCAUGUGUUUUCAAGUGAAUGAUGUUUUGGAUUCAAUGCAGAAGGAUGCAAUGGAGAAGGGUCAGAAGACUCACUUCGUGCUCAGAGUUGAUGGAGGUGCUACUGUUAAUAACCUGUUGAUGCAAAUUCAGGCGGACUUGUUGGGAAGUCCAGUGGUGAGACCGGCGGACAUAGAGACAACAGCUCUUGGAGCAGCAUAUGCAGCUGGAUUAGCAGUUGGGGUAUGGAAGGAGGAAGAAAUAUUUGCUUCAGGAGAAAAGGCAAAGACUUCCACCAGAUUUAAGCCUGCCUUAGAGGAACAACUUAGAAAGAGGAAGGCAGAAUCUUGGUGCAGAGCGGUUGAAAGAACUUUUGACUUGGCUGAUCUCUCUCUUUGAUGAAUUUCUCACUUUGUGUAGAUUCUUGUUAAUUCCAGACAUUGUUAAGAACUCUUUCCGCUUCUCUAGUAAUUUAAUAAGGGAUUUUGCCCUUUUGGGUUGGAUUUGAUGCUCUA